AUGGCGGACCCAGAGCGGGGCAAUCAAACAGACAUGACAAAAUUCAUUCUCCUGGGAUUCGGGGGUCUCCUUGACCAGAACAUUUUUCUCUUUCUGCUGUUUCUAGUGAUCUACGUCGCCACCGUGGCUGGGAACACCCUCAUUGUGGCGCUGGUGGUGGCCGAUCCGCGCCUCCACACCCCUAUGUACUUCUUCCUAGGGAACCUGUCCUCCUUGGAGACCUGCUACAGCUCCACCCUCCUGCCCCGGGUGUUGGCCAGUCUCCGGACCGGGAACAGGACAAUUUUAUUUAAUGGCUGCUUCACACAGAUGUAUUUCUUUGGUGCACUGGCCUCUACCGAAUGCUACCUCCUGGCGGCCAUGUCUUACGAUCGGUAUUUAGCCAUUUGCAAGCCCUUGCACUAUUUAGUUCUGAUGAAUAACAGGUGUUGCGUCCAGUUGGCUGCCGGGUCCUGGCUAAGUGGGUUUUUGGCGACUGCCGUCUUUGUGUUAUUCAUGUCCCAGUUGAUAUUCUGCGGCCCGAAUGAAAUCGACCAUUUUUACUGCGAUCCCGUCCCGCUGAUACAGCUCGGCUGCGGGGACAAGCGUCUGAUGGUGUUGCUGGAUUUUAUCAUGGCCUGUGUAUUCACCCUGCCUCCGUUUCUCCUGACCGUGUCGUCCUACGUGUGUAUCAUCGCCACCAUCCUGCGGAUCCCAUCCGCCACUGGGCGGCAGAAGACCUUCUCCACCUGCUCCUCCCACCUCAUUGUGGUGACUAUUUUCUACGGGACCAUCCUGGUUGCAUACACGCUCCUGAAACUCGAGACGCCAAGAAUCCUGAAAAAAGUGCUUUCCCUUUGCUACACGGUCCUGACCCCCCUGGCCAACCCACUCAUCUAUAGCCUGAGAAACAGAGAGUUCAAGGAAGCCUUGAGCAAAGCCAUCGCUAAAUACGUGACUUGCCUACAAAAAUCAAGCAAGUCCUAG